ACAAUUAUUGCUGCUUCAGCCUCACCAGGGGGAUUGCGCAGAACUAGAAGUGAUAAUAAAAGCGCAAAUCUAAAAGUGGGUUAUAAUUCUCCAACUUUAUCGAUACGUAUUAAUAAGCCAAACUCAAGUAUUAAUUUUGAAAAUAUCUACAGUAAUGUCCAGAAAUUUCGGACAAAUCAUAGACAUUUAGUGGGGAAAUCAUCUUCCCAAAUUAUAAGAUGUCAUAAAAAUGUAGAUGAGUUUUCAUUUCAAUACAGAUCAUUGACAACAACAACCAGUUCAUCAGGUACAACAACAUCACGCGCUUCAACCUCACCACCAACAUCAUCAUCACACUUAGGCACAUCAGUUUUGCAACGAUUAAAAAAAAGCAAUAGAUUUCCUGCUUAUUUAACAUCAACUUCAGACACUAUAUCGUUGAAGAAAACUACAAAUACAUUAAAUCGUGUUUUGCACGAAUUUUCUGGAGAUUUGUUAAUACGAACACCGAAAUCCAUACAAGCGAGUUCUAAAAAUAAUAUAUACUCCAGCAAAAUAAAAAGACUUUCGAAAGAUAAUUCAAGCAGCACAUCAGAUAAAACCAUUGUUGAUAGUGAAUUAAAGAGUUCAAUAAAAAAAAAGAAAUUCACAAUGGAUGAUAAAAAGCUUAAUCAAACACCAGUUGAUAAUAUCAAUGAGUCAACGCUUGACUCAAAAGAAAACACAGCCCAGAAUAAAUUAAUUAGCCCUUCUACAUCACAGAAAAACGUAGUGAACACAAAUAUAGAAACAAGUCCAUGUACAGCAAUACAAAGAUUUAAUCCUAAUAUGCGUUUCAUACGUAAAAGUGUCGAGCAAUCUGCUCGAAACGCAAACACAAACUAUUUAGAGCUGGAAACUGAAUUCCCUCGAGAUUACGAUGAUAAUAUUGAAAUGCUAUCUCGCGAGGCGGAACAUUUAGAAGAACAGUUCCGUACUCCAACUCGAACAAGUACAACAGAUCUAGUUGGCCAACAUAAUUCUUCACUGGCCAGUGUUUCAGUAUCCGUGGAGCCCCUUGUCGCUGUUCGACCAGAUGUAAAUCACAGUUCUAUAGAUGAUUCAUUACCAAUAACUGAUAAUGAACCAAAAUUGAAAGAUAGCGUAGGAAACGUUAAACGUGUGGGAUUUAAAGUGGAAGAGCAUAUACCGGAAAACAAUGUUAUGCCAAAAGGCAUUACAAAUAUAUCGCGAUGUUUAGAACUAGGUGAAAAGGAUUCAUCUUCUAAUGAACUUUUAUCAUCCGAAGAAAAAUCUGAAACAUUUAUUGAAACAUUUGGCAGAGAUGCAGGACAAUUAAAAGCAACUCAAUCAUGUACACUUAUGCCGAAAUCGUCUUUGACAGCUUUCGUCAGUGGCACUGCACUCUCAUCAUCAGCUAGCACCCCUGCAAUAAGCAAGCCUUCAACUAAAGAUGAUGAUGAUGAGCCUGUUGCUAUGUCCCCAUGUGGUCGCUUCUUCAAAUAUGACAAAGAAGUUGGUCGUGGUAGUUUUAAAACCGUUUACAGAGGCUUGGAUACACAGACAGGAGUUGCAGUAGCCUGGUGUGAAUUAUUGGACAAACAAGUGAAAAAGAGUGAACGUAAACGUUUUCGAGAAGAAGCGGAUAUGCUUAAAAACUUGCAGCAUCCUAAUAUUGUACGAUUCUAUACUUAUUGGGAAUUUACUGUAUCUCGUAGAAAAAAUAUAGUUCUAGUCACCGAAUUAAUGCUCUCUGGAACCCUAAAAUCAUAUCUUAAACGUUUCAAGAAAAUAAAUCCAAAGGUCCUUAAGUCUUGGUGUCGCCAAAUUUUAAAAGGUUUACACUUUUUACAUACCCGUCAGUUGCCCAUAAUUCAUCGUGAUCUAAAAUGUGAUAAUAUAUUUAUAACCGGUACUACUGGAAGUGUCAAAAUUGGAGAUUUGGGUCUGGCUACCCUAAAAAAUCGCUCACACGCUAAAUCGGUUAUUGGAACACCGGAAUUUAUGGCGCCAGAAAUGUAUGAAGAACACUAUGAUGAGUCAGUUGAUGUCUAUGCUUUUGGUAUGUGCAUGUUGGAAAUGGCUGUGUCGGAAUAUCCAUAUAGUGAGUGUAAAGGACCAGCCCAGAUAUACAAAAAGGUUAUAUCAGGUAUUAAGCCUGCAGCUCUAAGUAAAGUAGAGGAUCCCAAAGUAAGAGAAAUAAUAGAAAAAUGUAUUGAAUUAAAAAAAGAAGAUCGUCCAAGCUGUAAGGAUUUACUAAACUCGGAAUUCUUUGAAGAAGAUAUUGGGAUUCGAGUAGAACCAACAGCGACAGAAGCUUUUCUAAAUAACCCCGAUAAUAACGUUAUUGAGUUCCGCCUACGGUUUCUGGAUCCGAAAAAGCGUUCUUCAAAACACAAAGAAAACGAGGCAAUACAGUUUGAAUUUGAUAUUAAAAAAGAUGAUUGUGAACAAUUAUGUCAUGAUAUGAAGCAGGAAAAUAUAAUAUCUGAAGAAGAUGCCAGAGCUGUAGUAAGACUGUUGAAAGUACAAGUAUACUCUCUUUCAAAAGAACGAAUUCAGCGUCAGACGCAAUUGCAAUUACAAAAUGAAAAAUCUCGUUUGGAAAAAUUAGCCCUACAAAAUCAACGAGAAAUGCUUCCUCCAAAUGUCGAAGAGGAGGAAGAAGAAGACGAAGUUGACUCUGAAGAGGACGAGGAUGCCAAGAAAAUCAACCAACAACAAAUUCAAUUAAUACAACAACCCCAGCAACAAAUUACUUCACAAAGCGACGAUAUGCAACGAAAUGUGGAAAAUAAUAGUGAACCUCAGCAAAACCAAAGUUUUGUAGGUUAUCAGCAACAAUCGAUGACAUCUCCAAGUAAUUAUACAACUAACACACAAGAUGCACUAUCGCCACAACAAGCUUUGUCACCAACAACUGCUCCCUCCCAAACUCAAUAUUACAGUUCGCAAACCUCUCAACAGACAUUGCCUAACGUCUCCAAUAUGCAGCAAGUGAACUACGUACCACAACAACCAACACCACAGCAAACGACUGUAAUUCUAACACAGGAAACUAUUACACAACAACCUCAACAAUUACAGCAACAACUUUCACAGCAACAAAAUAACACACAACAACAAAAUAUGCAGCAAAUGAAUUUGCCUCAACUAAAUACUACACAACCAACUCAACAACAAUCUUCUGACCAGCAAUCUAAUGUUACACAACACCGUUUAAUUCAAAACCAACAACAGCAGUCGACAACAUCACAAUCUACAUCUCCACAACCAAAGUUAGUGGAACCAAACUCUCAAAACUCUAGCAUAAAUGCCUGCAAUCCUUCUCCAUCGCACUCAAAUCAGCAACAACCAGAAGCAGCAAAACUAAAACCUCGUCGUUCUACUCGUAGUGGCACGGAACGUAUACCAAAAUUAAGUGUAACUGGAAUUGACCACGGCACCGUAAUUAAUUGCCACAUGGAAAACAAACAAAAAACUAUAACAUUUAAAUUUGAUAUACGCGAUGUAAAUCCGGUGGAUGUAGCGAGUAAACUGAUAGCACAGGAUUUACUUUCGCAAUGUCAAAAUAAUUCAUUUAUAGAAAUGAUUAAUGAUAUUAUACGCCAGGUUAAAUCAAAUCCUAACAAAAUUCCGGUUCCAGCUGUUUUUAAAAGAAAUAUUGAAAUGGUACGACAUGCGUCUUUAACACGCCAACGUUCGGCAUUCAGGACCCAUCAGCGGCAUAGAUCUCGCGAUGAGUCUUCUAUUGAUUUAUCUAAAAUAUUUGACUCCAACUCAACAAAUACGAGUACAAUUACUACCUCAAUUACAACUACUAAUUUAAAUAACGGUGAAAGUCUUAGCUCUAGUCUAACUGCUUUAAAUAAAACUUCUAUGGAUGGAGGAGAUAGUGCAGAUGUUCCCCAGAAACAGCAGCAGAAACCAGAUUUAAGCAUCAGUGCAAAUAUGUGCUCAACCUCAAUAUCUUCAUCGACACCAACUACUACAUCCGAAGGCGGUUAUAAUAGCAGUGAUAAUGUACUAUCUUCAGCUUCUACGUCUCGUAAAGCAAGUACAGCUUCGGAGUAUACAUCGCUAUCGUCAGAUUACACACCGGACAAUACAAUUACACCGAACUCCGCAUUUCUAGUAGAAAAUGUUCGCAACACACGUUAUUUUGAACUAAAUGAGACCAUUGAUGUAACAUUAAAUACAAAUAAUAAUACAAAAGAAAAUGCUCCAAACACUACUUCUACAUCUAACACCAACAAUGAAUGCACUGAUGAAAAUACAUCUCCAAGCGAAACUACAACUCAAAAUGAUCCUGAUGAAAAUUCAAAUAAUAAACAAGGGGCUCAACUUACAACUAAUACAACCGUUGCAAAUCCAGCAGCAGCUAGGAAAAUAUCUCGUUUUUACGUUAAUCCUGUUGUAUUGCCUACUUCAAGUGGAAUUUCCGUCGUAACUACUAGUGCGCCAUCGACAGAAAUAGAGAACGAAGUGCAAGAGAAUUUUAAGUGUAGCACAACAGAGGCUGGAGGCAAUAAUAUUCAAAACAGCAGUAAGAGCACAACAACAUCUCCAUCAAAAACAGAAAAUACUGAAAAUUCGGAACAAGCUAUAGAAAAUGCCGUUAGUUAUAACGAUGCAGGUACGCAAAAUGUUAGCGUUGUUACAAAUAAUGUAAUAAAACCUUCAGGUGGUGGAGCAAGUUCUGUUGCAAAUACGAGCAGUAAUACAAACAAUUCUUUAGAACAACUUAAAAUUGAAUUGGAGAACAUAACACAUGCUCAAGCAUUUGCAUCAGCUAUUGUGGCUUCCAUAAACAACGAUCAAGUCUAUCAACAACAGCAGCAGCAACCCCAGCAACAUAUUAGUUCACAACAAAAUCCAGAAGAGAAACAUCAGUCAGUAGCGAAUACAUCAUGCCAUUCAUUGGGUCAAAGCACGCCGACUGGUACCAUGAGCUCUACCAGGUCUUCUUCAACAUAUAAUUCCAGACGGACGUCGUUAGACAAUAGUGUUACUAAUGAACUACAAACUUUAACAACCAAUCACAUAGAAAGCAGUGAAAGCAUUCAAGCUCAAUAUGCAAAUAUUGAAAAUGGUGUUACGGAAAAUACUCAAGUUUCUCAAAAGCUAUCAAAACAA